AUGGAAAUCAAGAACCCUAGGCGCAUACUUGCGCUAGGGGCCCCAGACUCGGGUGUAUUGAAGCUUCUGAGCGAACUCACUGGUUCCGCGCCAGAACCCACCUCAGGCUCCGCCGCCGGCCUCACUCACGAAUGGCUUCUCGAAACGAAGUACUACACCACCACCCUCCCGAUAUGGGUCGACGAGAUUGCCGACGUAUCAGAGUGGCGUACUGCCUUUACCGCCCCCGAAGCUCGCGAAGUCAUCACUGCCCUCGGCGCAUGGAUAUACUGCUUUCGUAAACCUGUCAACCAGGCCGAUCUCUCCACAAUCAAGGAUACAAUGCAGGCGGUUGCGGAUGCUAUCGAGCGGGCAUGCGGCUUCAGUGGCGACCAGGUUUGUCUGGCUGUUGCUAUGCCACAAUCAACAACUCCACAUCUCGAUAUGCCGAGUGAGGAUUGGGAAGAUAUAUGUACAGAUACUGGCUUUGAGUACGUUGAUUUUGAGAAGACUGGAAAAAAUGAGUUUGGCGAAAAGGUUGGCGUGCACAGAGUCAGAGAGUCGUUGGAAGCAUGUGAAUGGGAGAGCGCAGAGGGGAUUGACUUUGGGGCCGAUGAGGAUGGCGAGGAAGGCUUCGGUGGCUUCGCGGCUGAAGAGGCAGAGAUGAACAUGGAGUUGUUUGACAUGAAAGGAGCAUUACACGGCUUCGAUGAUGAAGAAGCGGGAGAGCCCUCCGCUGAAGCAGAAGCGAAAGAGGUUGAGGAAUUGGAGGUCAUGAUGCGCAAAAUGAUCGCCGUCAAAGAAAUGGGUGAGGGCAUGGAAGAGGCUGAACGGAAGCGUUUCGCCGCAAAAGCCGUUAACGACAUUCUCAAAGAUCUCUGA